CUGCCCUGGUGAACCGCCUCUUGCUGCCAAGAUAAUCCCGUACGCACAGCCUGGCGUUUCUGUUUACACUGCAAGGAUCUCCAGGAGUGUCAUGUAACAACUGGAAGUUUUCAUGUGAAAACAGAAAAUGGCUUCAAGGGGAACAACAGAGACCAGCAAACUAAAACAAAACUUGGAGGAGCAGCUGGACAGAUUAAUGCAGCAGCUUCAAGAUCUGGAAGAAUGCAGAGAGGAGCUGGAUGCGGAUGAGUAUGAGGAGACCAAAAAAGAAACCCUGGAGCAGCUGAGUGAGUUCAACGACUCCCUGAAGAAGAUCAUGUCUGGAGAUAUGACUCUGGUGGACGAGCUCAGUGGGAUGCAACUGGCAAUCCAAGCAGCCAUCAGCCAAGCCUUUAAAACCCCCGAAGUGAUCAGACUGUUUGCAAAGAAGCAGCCCAGGCAACUGAGGACGAGGCUGGCAGAGAUGGACCGAGACUUGAUGGUUGGGAAGUUGGCACGAGACCUGUACACCCAGCAGAAAGUGGAAAUCCUGACUGCCCUCAGGAAGCUUGGUGAGAAGCUCACUGGGGAUGAUGAGAUGUUCUUGUCAGCAAAUGCUGGUACAGCCCUGAGCCAGUUUGAGAGGGUCUCCACUGACCUUGGUUCAGGAGACAAAGUCUUUGCUCUAGCAAGUGUUGAAGUAGAAAAGGCAAAGCAAUGAAGAGGUGUGUGAGGCUCGUGUCUCUCCACUUACCAACAGCACUGGACUUCUGUCACACUGCAUUUGGUUUUUCUAUUUCCAAUAUGCUGAAAAAAACCAACAAAACAAAGCAAAGCAAAAAAAAAAACCACCCAAACCCUAAACCUUCUGGGUUCUUAACCAGAAGAUAUGAAGUGUUUUAAACAGCCUUAAGUGCACUUUGGAACCUUGGUGUCUGUACCCCUUAAGCUCUGAGGCUGAACACUAAGUGGAACUCCAGAAACAAAAGCAUGGGUAUGUCUGUCUUUGGAAAGAAUCAGCUGUUUUGGACUUUUCUGAAUGUGUAUUUCUCUAACUAUUAAAACUUACAUCUUUUUGCA